AGUUGACCGAGUAUACGUUUGAACCGUGCCAUGGAUUUUGAUGACUUGGACGAGGAGAUCAACAAGCGAGUGCAGGAGGGCGAGGAUGUUGCCCCCAAUUUUGUGGAGAACCAUCAGCCGGUCAAGGGCACGGUGCUCCCCAAGAUGACGCGGGGCCAGCGCAUUCCCGACUUCUCGAAGCUUCCGGCUGCGAAGAAGAAGGCACUGCCUCCCUACAACGGGGAGCCAGAGGUGGAGAGAUCGCCGGUGCUGCGCCUCCUCUGCAUCCACGGGGCGGCGGACAGCUACGCAGCGGACUGGUGCGUCCUGGAGAACGAGGCGCCCCCCAAUAUCGAGGUGGUGUGCCACGAGUUCCCAGGGCACGGGCACCGGGACCUGGAGCCGCUCUGCUCGACACUUGACGAGCUGGUGGAUGAUUGCUUUGAGGCCUUCCGGGAAGCUAUGGACACAGGCGCCUUCGCCAUCCUAGCGCAUUCCAUAGGGGCGCUGAUGGCCGUCAAGAUGGCAAAGCGCGCGAGAGCUGAGCUAGGCGUUGAACCAGUAUUUGUCAUCAUGCUGGAAAGGGGAGCUGCGCAGCAUCCUCUUUUCACCGAGCGAGGCGCGCAGUGGCUGCGGGAGGAGCCAGUCGGCUUUUUCGAGUUCUGGAACCCCAUGAUCUACAAGCUCUACAAAAGCGCCCCCCCGGAGGUUGGCGAGCGCACCCUGUCCAUGUGGGCCAAGGAGCAGAUCAUGGAUCAGGACGCCAUCGAGGUGGGUUAUCACAGCUUCAAGUGCCCAAUGCUAGCAAUGGGAGCCGAGCUUUCCUGGCACUCCUGGGUGAAGUUGGAGGACUUGAGUGACGAGAACAAGAAGCUUAUGAUGAACAAGCACGAAGUAGGCGCUUACAUGGUGGAGAAGGACGGCAAGCUUUUUCAGGGCCAUUUUCCUGAAUGGACCUACAAGGGCUGGCAGGAUUGGACCGAACAUCCGGCCGGCUGCCGCAUUCUGCAGUGCAAGGGUGCAAACCAUAUGGACGUGAAGCUCAAUGAGGACUUCAAGCAAGAGCUAUGGAAAGCGCUGAAGCAAGUUAUCGAGACGUUCUGAUGUAUGCCGGGCCAGCAUUUGCCUCACGCACACACACAGACGUGGAUUUUGAGGGACUA